CUCCCUCCUGGAGUCCCCGGCUCCUCCUCCUCCGCACGCGCAGGAUAUACACACAGACACACACACACUCACACACACACUCACAUACAGUCGCGGCUGGACAUGCACACCCAGCGCCCGCUGCCGGCGCCCACACUCGCAGGUGGCGACACUCACCUGAGCUGGUACCGAGGGCUCCAGCCACCUUGGGAGCGGCAGAGCGACGGCCUGGGCCCGGAAGGGGCUCCGAGCGGGGAAAGCAGGAGCGACCCUAGCGCAGACCUGCGAUCCGAGGUGAUGGCGCGUUUUCUUUAAUCCCCUUCCUCCGGUACCCGGGUGCCCGCACCCAUCCAGCCCUCGGCCCGGGGAGAAGCCGGGAGAGAGGGGCUCUCGGGCGCGGCACACACGCGGGCGCACGCUUCGCGGCGCGCUCACCGAGAGGGGCGCGGCUGAGCCCCUGCCGGAAACUUGCAAGAAGUUAGUUGCGAGUGUCUGGCUACCACGACCCGAGCCAGGAGGAGAAGCCGCCCGGGCCCGGCCUGCCGCGCUGCCCGGCGCCGCCCUCCGCGCCCGGAGUGCUCCAGAGGCCAGAGUCGGCGGGCGAGCCUGGAAAGGCUGGGAGCCGGCGGAGCCAGCAUGACCCCGGGGACGGCUCGGCGCAGCGAUUCGGAGAGCACGGACCGUUUCCACUGAGACCCGGCAGCUUCAGGCUUGCUGGAAACCUCAUCCCGCCUCUCUCCUCACCUCUCCUGAGCGAAAGCCGGGGAGCGAGACUCUCGAGGCAGGUGUCGCGGGGGACAGGGUCCACCCUCGGCAAAGCUAUCGCAUUGGGUGGGGGUUCCAUCAGCGCAACCCUGACUCGCAUCGAGAAGACCGGCCGGUGGUGUGUUUGCGUUUCUAUCCAUCGCGGUGCUCUGCGCGCCCAGACCCUCCCCCCUCUCCUCUUCCUCUUCGGGGAGGGGGCUACCCCUCCCCCACUCCCAUCUGCUUCUGUCAAACGAGAAAGUCACCGCGGAAAACCCAAACACUCCAGAGCCCGGGAGCCCCCUUUGGCACUUGGCAGCACGCGGCGGUGAGCUUCUCGGCUCAACUUGGUGGAUCCUGUGUCACUCAACUUUUCGGGGCUGCUUGGCAUUUAGGGCACUGAAGACGAGGAGAGGGCAGAGUCGGUCCAGGCGGUGGCCACCUGCAGGGAGUUGGCGAGCAGAGCAAAGGCUACCGGACAGAAGGACACAAAAAGACAGCAGAGGGCAAAGUGCCCCCGCGGAGUGGGGACGCUGCCCAGAAGUCCCAGAGUCCCGGAGAGGAUUUUUUUUCCCUAGAAUUUCGGCCGGGGAGACCGAAGCGACCCGGGACGCAGCGGCCCCGGCCCUGGGCUGUCCCUCUGCUCCCCUCUUCCCGAGCGGGAGCGACGCCUGGACGCGCGGUCGCCGGCUGAGCGGGUCCCCGCUGGCGGCCAACAUUGAUUUCCUCCGGGCGGAGGCCGAGGGCCCCGGCGGCGGCGGCGGCGGGCUGCAGCCGCGGCACGGCGACAGCAUGUCCAAGCCGGUGGACCACGUCAAGCGACCCAUGAACGCCUUCAUGGUGUGGUCGCGGGCUCAGCGGCGCAAGAUGGCCCAGGAGAACCCCAAGAUGCACAACUCGGAGAUCAGCAAGCGCCUGGGCGCCGAGUGGAAGCUGCUCACCGAGUCGGAGAAGCGGCCGUUCAUCGACGAGGCGAAGCGCCUGCGGGCCAUGCACAUGAAGGAGCACCCCGACUACAAGUACCGGCCGCGGCGCAAGCCCAAGACGCUGCUCAAAAAGGACAAGUUCGCCUUCCCGGUGCCUUACGGCCUGGGCGGCGUGGCGGACGCCGAGCACCCGGCGCUCAAGGCCGGAGCCGGGCUGCACGCCGGCGCGGGCGGCGGCCUGGUGCCCGAGUCUCUGCUCGCGAACCCGGAGAAGGCGGCCGCCGCCGCCGCCGCCGCGGCCGCGCGCGUCUUCUUCCCGCAGUCGGCGGCCGCCGCCGCCGCCGCCGCCGCUGCCGCCGCCGCCGCGGGCAGCCCCUACUCGCUGCUCGACCUGGGCUCCAAGAUGGCAGAGAUCUCGUCGUCGUCGUCGUCGUCCGGCCUGCCGUACGCGUCGUCGCUCGGGUACCCCACCGCCGGCGCGGGCGCCUUCCACGGGGCGGCGGCGGCGGCUGCAGCGGCCGCCGCGGCCGCCGGGGGGCACACGCACUCGCACCCCAGCCCGGGCAACCCGGGCUACAUGAUCCCGUGCAACUGCAGCGCGUGGCCCAGCCCGGGGCUGCAGCCGCCGCUCGCCUACAUCCUGCUGCCAGGCAUGGGCAAGCCUCAGCUGGACCCGUACCCCGCGGCCUACGCCGCCGCGCUAUGACACUCCCCGCCCCGCGGGGCCGACCCGCGAGGACCCGAGCGCACACGUGUACAUAUGUAUAGGUACGGGGCUCGCGGCCUUCCCGUGCGCCCUCGGGCGGCUGGGGGGCCCCCCGGUUCGCGUGUACAUAGAUGUAAAGGUGUCAGGCGGAGGCGCCUGCCCGCCGGGGCUCGAGGGGGCGAGCGAGCGAGCGUGCGCGCGGAUUCUAGGAUCGCUUCCCACCCGCACUGGUGCGUGCGUGCGCCAGCUCGGGCGUUUGCUUUGCACUGCGGGACCUGUUGCGUUUUGACCCAAGGAGGCGGGAGGAGAAACUUCACAACUUGGUGGGCUUUUCCAGUUUUGUUGGUUGGACUUUUUGCUUUUUUUUUUUUUUUUUUUGUCUCGUCUUUCCUCCCCCCACCCACCUCCCCCCGUCCCUGGUCUUCCUCGGUCUGUGUUGCAUGCGUGCACCCGGUUCUGAUGGUAGGUCUGAAAUAUCUGGAAAAGGGGAGCUGAUGGCCUGUCCUUAGCCUCUUAGAGUAGGGUGCUCUGGGCAGCCGACCUCUGUGUAUGUGUUGUUGUCUGGACUCUGCAGAGCUCUGCAGACUCCCACACCGGAUCUACUCCUGACCAAGUGACCGGCUCGAAUCUGGCCUUUGUAUGAGAGAUGAUCACCGGUCCUUUUGUUUCAUCCCGUAUGCAAAUGAAAAGCAGGAGCUCUUUUUUAAAUCUUCUUCUUCUUCCCCAAGAACAAGGGAUGCGAUGGAAUACGUGUGGGGUGGAAGUUGUCAGUUGGAUAUUCCACCCUUGGAAAACCUACUAGAAGUCUCCCCGAGUCCUCUGGCUUGGACUCGUGACCUCGUGACAGCAGUUUACAAAAGCGUAGAAAGCUCGCCUGCUAUUUUCCCCUCGUGGCUGCCUUCACAUUAAGACUGUAAAUGUGUGUAUGUCGGUGAGAACAUCGGGUCUUGGAAAAUGUGCUAUUCUUGUUGCCCUAAAUUUGAGUCGGUUCUAGGCUCAAAAAUACACGUAGAGCAAAUGUCAAAGUUAACUUUUAAGAAUUGCGGAACUAUUUCAGAAUCGCAAUUUUAUCUAAGAUAUAAAUCAGACUUUUUUGUCUGAGCCGUAAUUAUAUAUUUAUUACUUAUCAGAACUGGAGGAAAGAAAACAGAAAGCACAGAGUUGUUUUUGAAAGCUGCCUCUCAUUGUCAAACUAACAUUCCCCUCCCACCCUGAACUGUUUCCAUGAGUUUUUCGGAGCUCACUUUCCGAUUAGCUUAUUUUCCAGAUAGUCCGCAAUUCACUUGCAAAUUACAAUAAAAUACAUUUUAGAGAAAAAAAACUCCUCAAAUUAUAGCUUUUUUCCUUUUUAAGUGUAUAUAUAUUUUGACUAAUGUUUGUGAAUGAAGUUGCUAACAUGUAUUUAGUUUCAUUUUGGCUUUAUGUAAGAUAAAGUUUUAAAAGUCUAAAUAUUGGUUUUAACUUUUAUGUGUAAAUGGUUUUCUUGUACGAUCUUCUAAUUUAAUAUUAGAUGCGUCUAAGCUAUAUCUGUAAAUUAGAGCCCUACUAUCACUCUGUCCAUUUUUUUUGAACAAAGAGUUUAAAUAAAGCCUGAACCAGGGAAAAGA